AUGUCUAAUUUAACAACUUUCUCUUAUUUCCAUCUUGGAGCUUAUUUGAAUGUUGGAACGUUACAAUAUUUCUAUUUCACAAUAACUUCUCUGCUUUACUUUGUUAUAGUUUUUCUAAACACGUCACUGAUUGUGGUUAUCUGUGUGAACAGAAGCUUACAUGAACCUAUGUACAUGUUUCUGUGCAGCCUGUUUGUAAAUGAGCUGUAUGGUAGUACAGGGCUGUUUCCAUUCCUCCUGAUUCAGAUCCUCUCUGAUGUUCACACUGUUUCUGUUCCUCUGUGCUUCCUGCAGAUUUUCUGUGUGCACACAUAUGGAAAUAUAGAGUUUUCAAACUUAGCCGUCAUGUCUUAUGACAGAUAUGUUGCCAUUUGUUGUCCUCUACAUUAUAAAACCAAAAUGACAUCUAACAAUACAGCUGUUCUUAUUACUGCGGUAUGGGUGUACUCAUUAGUGAAAUUUAUUAUUAAUUUGUCCUUAAACCUGCGUCUGACGCCAUGUGGAAAUGUUUUAAACAGUUUGUAUUGUCAGAAUUAUCCAGUUGUUAAGUUGGCAUGUUCUGAUACAAAGGUGAAUAAUAUUUAUGGGGUUUUUGAUACUUUUCUCUCUCUUGUUGUCCCUCUUUUCCCAGUCCUGUUCUCUUACAUGAGAAUCCUGAAAGUGUGCUUUUCUGGCUCCAAAGAGGCGAGACAAAAAAGUAUCACUACCUGCACACCUCAGCUUGUGUCAUUCUUGAAUUUUUCCUUUGGUUCCUGUUUUGAAAUAUUUCAGAGCAGAUUUGAUACGACCAGCUUACCCAGCGCACUGCGAAUCUUCCUGUCUCUGUAUUUUCUCAUGAUGCAACCGAUUUUGAAUCCGAUCAUGUACGGAAUACAAAUGUCAAAAAUCAGAAAUGUUUAUAAACAUGUGAUCUGUUCUAAAAUUUCAUGUAGGUGCAGUAAAGCUUAA